AUGCAAGCGACGAGGCUCAUCGGUCAGCUGGGUGCAGGCAGCGCUUUUCCGGGAGGCGGGUUCAGCAGUCAGUCACACAUUCAACUCCCGCAGCUCGAAGGACGCCGUUCCUUGCCUAGUUCUCCGGGGCAUCUUGUUGGCGCUUCAGUUGGGUCAGACUAUCGAGCGCUUUGUUCGAUGCCCCGGAGAACUGGAAGGGGCCUUCGGCGGCAUGUAUAUGCGCGCCUUCAACGAACCGGUGCUCGGCUCGUUUUUUGCUCCUCCGUUCAAGGUUGCAAGUUUAGUUCAAACAGAGUCAGCAUCCCAAACAUCCACCCGUUUUCACUGAACGCGCUCCUUAACCCCGACGCCCGUGCGGAGAUGAUGGACGUCUUGGCGCUUGGUAACCUUUGUAUCGACAUUCUUUCCCCCGUCACUACAAUCCCACCCCCGGAGGUCCUCAAGACAGAAACAUUUCUCUCCAGUCUUGCAGCCAGGGCGCCCUCUGGAAACUCCUUGGAGGUAGGUGGCAACUGCAACUUCCUCAUAGCUGCCUCAAGGAUUGGACUGCGAUGUGGAUGCGUGGGCCACUUAUGUGAUGAUAGGUAUGGGGCAUUCCUGAGGAAGAUAUUAGCUGAUGAGGGCAUCUCAGUAUACAAUCUUGCAUCAGAAGAUGUCUUGCAGGCAGAAUCUGACAUGAACCGGACUCUGCUUUGCUUCGUGCUGACAGAUGGGUUUGGAAAGCACGCCUUUUGCUCUCGCUAUGACACGGGGCCUUGGCCUCUGCUUCCCGGCAUUAAGACAAUUGACCAUGCAGCAAGAAUAGCUCUGUCACAAUGCUCAGCAAUCUUUGUUAACGGUUUCGUCUUUGAUGAAAUGGAGACUGAAGCAGUACACGCAGCAGUGAGAACAGCGAAAGACAGCGGCGCGGUCGUCAUAUUUGAUCCUGGUCCUCGGGCAUUGAUUGUUGCCAAAGAUGCUGAGCGUAGUAUUAUGUUGAAACAGGUGCUUUCCUUCGCUGAUGUUAUACUUGCAACUGUAGAAGAAGCAGCUGCACUUGUAGACCUCGACCUUGAACUUCGAUUGGAGCUCACAAGUGGUUCCAAAGAUCCAAGUUUACCAAAGAUCUUAGCUGAGGCAAUUAUGAAUCGGCCAGAUUGCAUUGCAGAAUGGCUUGUCAUAAAGUGCGGGGCUGACGGAGCUGCAUUAUUCACAAGGGACAGUCUUGAAAUGUAUGUUGGUUCUCCAUCAGUUAAUGUAGUCGACACUGUGGGAUGUGGCGAUAGUGCUGCAGCAGCUAUAGUCUUGGGCUAUCUCAACAUUGUUAUGGCGAAACGAAAGGCAAUGAGCGAGUCCGAAGAUUUGUCUAAACGGAGAGUUUUGGAGAUGCUUGAGGAGACAUUGGCAUUGGCAACUGCUGUCGGAGGAGCCACAGCUAUGAGUGCCGGGGCAGGUAGAAAUGUCGCCACUGCAAAAUUGGUAAGGAUGCUGUUAUCUAAAAGCAUCCGUGAUUCAAAACAGGGUCAACAAGCGGGAAGCUUCGGAAUAAGUCGACAAGCAGCAACCGGAGCGAUAGAUGUUUUGGGCAGGUCGCUCGGAGAGCCUCCAAAUAAACUGAUAUGAAGUUCUCCAUGUGAUUUGGUGAAAGGAUGUAUUACCCACAGCUUCAUUGUCCCGCAAUUCACCAAUGAGAAUUAGCACACAAACAGAUGCUGCUGGCUGCCGCAUGUAUUCUCAACAGCAAAACUUACUUUGUAUAAUAGACUAGAGGAAGGUUGACCUUCAAAAUAAACUUGCAUCUCCUGGCAAAUAUGAGACAC